AUAAAUGAGGUUAUAAUCAUCAACAGAAACAAAAUAUAAGAAGCAUGGUUUAUUGAAUAGCGAUUAUUCAAAUAUACAAGUGCAGUUUAUUGUAUCGUUCCAGUGACACCAGUGAGUCUUCGUUUCUAGUUUCAGUUUACAUUUAUUGUAUCAGCAGUUAAAAUGUCUUUCCGAGGAAGAGGUGGCGGCGGUUUUCGUGGGGGUCGUGGUGGACGUGGAGGAGGCGGAGGUGGACGUGACAGAUUUCCACAAGGUCCGCCAGAAAGAGUUGUUCCAUUUGGAUACCUCGAUUACACGUGUCAAGAUGACUUGGUCGUUAAAUCCGAAAUAAAGGAUAUACCAUUUUUCAAUGCUCCCAUUUAUUUAGAAAAUAUGGAACAAAUAGGAAAAAUCGACGAAAUAUUUGGAAACACAGAAGAUUAUUCUGUUACAAUACGAUUAUCAGAUAAUAUAUAUAGCUCCAGUUUCGAGAAAAAUCAGAAGUUAUUCAUUGAUCCUGCCAAACUUCUUCCACUUCAAAGGUUCCUUCCAAAACCCCCAGGUGCACCAACUGUCAAAAGAUUAGGUGGUGGUCGAGGCGGAUUUGGAGGUAGAGGAGGCUCUGGGGGAAGAGGAGGCAGAGGAGGUUUUGGUGGCGGAGGCAGAGGAGGUUUUGGUGGCGGAGGAAGAGGAGGAGGAGGAAGAGGCGGUUUUGGUGGCGGAGGAAGAGGAGGAUUUGGCGGCGGAAGAGGAGGUGGUGGUAGAGGAGGUUUCGGAGGUGGUAAUAGAGGUUUUGGAGGAGGCGGUAGAGGAAAUUUUGGUGGUGGCAGCAAUUGGAACAGCUCAGGAGGAGUCAAGAGGAAAUUCAAUGAAUAAUUCAAAUUGUUUUGAAAAUUAGGUGUACAGAUUUUUACUUUUAGUUUUAAUGAUUUCCAUGAAUACUGACAAUAUCUUUUUUUAUUCCAAAUCAUUUUAUUCUACCAAAUGUUGAGUGAUAUGAAAGUUCUAAACAAUUAAAUAUCUAUAAUUUAUAUGGAAGAGAUCAAAAUAAAUAAUUGACUUCAA